AUGGUGAAUAUAACGGAAAAGAUUAAGGAGAUUGAGGAUGAGAUGAAAAGGACGCAGAAGAACAAGGCAACGGGUAAGACUAUUACCACUACCAUCAUACUUCAGCGGUUGCUAACGCUAGUUACCAGAAUAUCAUCUUGGACUUCUGAAAGGGUACAGUUCCGCGCCUCUAAGAUCAAUAGGCGAGAUAAUCUAACCAUGCGCCUCUUCAGAAAACUCGCACGUCUAAGAGCGCAGCUCCUCGAGCCCGGUCCAGGAGCAGGCGGAGGAGGCGGCGCGGGUUUCGAUGUUAGCAAGAGCGGCGACGCGCGAAUAGCGCUGGUCGGGUUCCCAUCCGUCGGUAAAUCGACGUUCUUAUCAAAGGUGACUAAAACGAAAUCUGAAGUUGCCUCAUACGCCUUCACAACCCUUACAGCUAUCCCCGGUGUGCUCGAGUACGGCGGUGCGGAAAUCCAACUGCUCGAUCUGCCGGGAAUUAUCGAGGGCGCUGCGGAAGGUAAGGGUAGAGGACGACAAGUGAUCUCGGCCGCUAAGACGAGUGAUCUCAUCCUUAUGGUUCUCGAUGCGACGAAGAGGGCGGAGCAAAGGGCCCUGCUAGAAGCUGAACUGGAAGCUGUAGGGAUUCGAUUAAAUAGGGAGCCACCGAACAUAUAUCUAAAAGCCAAGAAAGCCGGCGGCAUGAAGAUCAACUUCCAGUCAUCUCCGAAGAACCUGGACGAAAAGAUGGUGUUCAACAUUCUGAGAGACUACAAGAUGUUAAAUUGCGAAGUCCUGGUUCGAGACGACGAGGCGACAGUCGAUGAUCUGAUCGAUGUCAUCAUGAAAGACCAUCGCAAGUACAUAAAGUGUCUUUACGUCUACAACAAGAUAGACAGCGUCUCCCUCGAUUUCUUAGACAAGUUAGCGCGCGAACCGCAGACCGUCGUCAUGAGUUGCGAGUUAGACUUGGGCAUUCAAGACGUGGUAGACCGGUGUUGGAAGGAAUUGCGAUUGAUCAGAAUUUACACGAAGCGGAAAGGCAUCGACCCCGACUUCAGCGAAGCGCUCAUCGUACGUAGCAACGCUACUAUCGAAGACGUUUGCGACCGAAUUCAUCGGACCUUAAAGGAUACAUACAAGUAUGCUUUGGUAUGGGGCGCAAGUGCUAGACAUAUUCCGCAGAGGGUUGGUCUGGGACAUACAGUGGCCGACGAGGACGUGGUAUACAUAGUCAGUGGUUACAAGGCAUAG